CCAAAUACCUAGGUACCUAAAAACUUGGAUUUUGGACUUUUCGAAAUUCCGUAGUUAUGUAUACAAAAAAAAAAUAAUAAUAUGUAAAUUGUAAAAAGAAUUUUAAUAAGAAAAUAAAUUGGGAAGUGACAAUAAUAUAUUUUCAUAAUAAAUGAUAUAAAAUAUUAUCGUGUAUAAAGACAACGAUGGAAUUAUCGCGUGAAGCAUUUCGUUCAGUAGGACGUUUUUGGAGGGCAAAUAUGUAAGAUUUUUGAUGAAAUUUACAGUAGGGUAUCUGUCCUAAUAUGUCAUGAAUCUAACAAGAAAUGAAUAACAGUCUCCGAAUUAUUUUAAACAUAAACCAUACAUUUUAAUAUAAAAAGAAGAAAUGAGAAUUCCUAAAGCAUUAAGUCCCCGCCUUCAAAAUCUUUUGUUAAGACGUUUUGGUGUAUACGAAAAAGUUAAACCAGCAGAAACAACACCCAGUAGAAUAGUACCUGAACAUAUUGAAAAACCUGAUUAUGUUCUAGGCAAAUUAUUAAACACUAGUAAAAAACCUGAAAUUAAAAAUGAAGAACAAAUAAAAGGAAUGAGAAAUAGUUGUAAUGUUGCAGCAAAUAUAUUAAAAAUAAUUCAAGCAUUUGUUCAGCCUGGUGUAUCAACAGAUGAUAUCGAUGAACUAGUACAUAUUUUAAGUUUAGAAGCUGGAGCAUAUCCUUCUCCAUUGCAUUAUAAGGGAUUUCCCAAAAGUGUAUGCACAUCUGUGAACAAUAUUGCAGUUCAUGGCAUUCCUGAUCUUCGACCUUUACAAAAUGGAGAUAUUGUUAAUGUUGAUAUAACUGUAUAUUUUAAUGGAUACCAUGGCGAUUGUUCUAAGACAUUUCUCGUGGGUGAUGUUGAUGAUCAUGGCUUACAACUUGUGCAUGCUACAGAAGAAUGUCUAAACCAGGCAAUAAACAUAUGUGGUCCUGAUGUACCUUUUUGUGAUAUCGGCUUCAGAAUACACAGGGUCGCAAAAAGACAUAAGCUCACUGUUCUACCAGCGUUUGUUGGACAUGGAAUUGGAAAAUAUUUUCAUGGCCCACCUGAAAUCUAUCACACACAAAACCGAUAUCCUGGACUAAUGAAGCCGGGAAUGACUUUCACUAUCGAACCUGUUUUAUCUCAUGGUAAAGAAAAUACGAUAUUAUUAGAGGAUGGAUGGACUGUCAUAACAGAAGAUGGUGCAAGAGCAGCACAAGCUGAACACACUGUUUUAAUUACUGAAGAUGGAGCUGAAAUACUAACAAAAUAAAUAAUUGUUAUGAAAUAGUAAAUUAUUAGUAAAAAUAAAUUAAUGAUG